UGAGACGGAGAGUUGUGUCGCCCCGAUUCGCUUGCUCAUAAAUUCUUCUUCCCACCGCCUGUCUCCCUCCCUCCAUCGCUUUCUUUGCCACUCGAGAAACCGUUCCGUCUUCGAGAAGCAGCGGUAGAAGAAGAUGGCGUCGUCUGCGCUGCCCAUCUCUCAAUCACCGCGAUCCUUCGUCUCAGCCCGUCAUCGCGCUGCCUCUCGUCCUUCCCUUCCCGUCGUCUACGCCUCCUCCCUUGGCGGCCAACUUCACUGCCUCCGCCUCGGUACCCGGAGGAGUUCCCGCAUUGGUCUGCCUCUCCGGCGUGUGGUCGUCUACGCCACCACCACCGAUGUUCACAAGAAGCGGCAGGCGCCUGGGGCACGGGACCGAGGGUUCGUGGACGAAAUGAGGGCCGUCGCGAUGAGUCUGCACACUAGGGAUCAGGCCAAGGAGGGGGAGAAGGAGGCCGACGCGCCGCCCGUCGCCAAGUGGGAACCCUCCAUCGAGCGCUAUCUCCGGUUCUUGGUAGACAGCAAGCUCGUCUAUGAUACCCUCGAGACCAUCGUGCAGGAGGCCGCCUACCCUUGCUAUGCUGAGUUAAGGAAUACUGGCUUGGAAAGGUCUGAGAAGUUAGUAAAAGAUUUAGAAUGGUUCAGGGAUCAGGGACAUACCAUUCCUGAACCCUCUUCUCCUGGUGUUUCUUAUGCUAGUUAUCUGGAAGAGCUCUCAAAAAAAGAUCCUCAAGCUUUCAUCUGCCACGUCUACAAUAUAUAUUUUGGCCAUACUGCUGGUGGUCGAAUGAUUGGUAGCAAGGUAGCUGAGAAAAUCUUAGACAACAAAGAACUGGAAUUCUAUAAGUGGGAUGGUGAUCUCUCCCAAGUGUUGCAGAAUGUGCGAGAUAAGCUGAACAGAGUUACUUGCAGCUGGUCUAGAGAAGAGAAGGAUCAUUGCUUAGAGGAGACUAGGAAGUCAUUCCAGUAUUCAGGAGACAUAAUUAGUCUCAUUUAUUCCUCCUAGAUGGGGUGAUGAUAAGCUGUAAAAUAACAACCCCUUCUGCUCAGCUGGUUCACUGGGGGAAAAAACUCCGUCAGCAUGUUUUGUUCCCUACUUACGUUGCAGACAAUAAUCUCCAUUCUCAAGGCAACUGUUUCUUGAUGCGGAGUAGAGACUAUUGAUAUUUACAAAAGUUCCUUGUGGUAUUUAUUC